CUUCCAUAGUGCAGUACACCGUGGUACAAUUGUGCCUCCUUGCGGAAGAUAUCAAAACUGCAGCCUUGGUGUCCAAUGACCCACCGGAAGUAAAAGCUUCCUAUGCAUUUCUCUGGCUACUCGACACGGCAGAAUUUCUUCUUGGUUCGGGAGAGCACAUCCGAGUAUUUAAGGGUGACCGUUGCGUCGUUAGAUUCUUUGAGGAUAAAGAGUUACUGUGGUCUUCCCUGGCUCAGUGGAGUUGAACUUGAAGCUUUUUGUUUUUACCAAACAUGUCAGAUGUCGAGUGUCCCAGUAAUGAAGACUCAGAUGAAGAGAAGAACGAAGAAAACCUUAAUAUCAAGGAGGAACCGUAUGACCCUGACUUUGACGGCCCAAAACAUUGUGCUCGAAACACAUCCUUUGUAGCAGGACAACGUACGGAGACAACCCUGGGAAAGAGUUCUCUACGUGACGACCCUAACAGAACUAGUAAUACAAAUAAUACAGGCACCACAGAAGCACAGGGUGAACAAAGUGCCUCGUCUGGAGAAGCCUUAAACAGCAACACUUUCCCGGUGCUUUCUAAGGUCAAAUCAGAACCAGGUUCAGAACCAGAAAAGUAUGAAACUGUUUGCGCCAAACCUAAGGCAGAGCCAAAGACCCCAGACUAUAAUGCUAUCCUAAGCUCUUCUCCGCCAUACUCUGUUGUAGAUGGUAACACUGACAAUCGAGCCAGACCUUGCAGAGAUGGGGUACAGAUGGUAGGGGGCGCAACUCCCAGCAUCAAACAAAAAACUGUGGAAGACAAUGAUGAUGAUGAUUAUGAUGGUUGUGACACUGAAAUCCCAUCCUUGUCCGGAGAAGCCUUAAACAGCAACACUUUCCCAGUGCUUUCUAAGGUCAAAUCAGAACCAGGUUCAGAACCAGAAAAGUAUGAAACUGUUUGUGCUAAACCCAAGGAGAAGCCAAAUACUCCAGACUAUAAUAAUGUUAUCCUCAGCUGUGCUCUGCUGUACUCUACUAUGCAUGGUAACACUGGCAAUCGAGCGGGACCUUGCAGUGAUGGUGUGCAGGGGGUAGGGGGUGCAACACCCAGCAUCAAACAAAAAACUGUGGAAGACAAUGACGACCCGACUCUUUGUAAAGCACAAAAACACCAUGAUGAUGAUGAUGAUGGUGGUUGUGACACUCAACCCCCAUCAUUUGGAGCCGAGUGCCAAGAUGAAGAACAAGCUCCAUUCAAGAGGUGGACCGUUACAUCAUCCUAUCUUGUGCCUGAAAGGGAAUACAAGAGCCAUAAAACUCAAACAAGUUUGGUACGAAAAAACCUUGACCAUGGCGCCCAGUCAUCAAGAAGGGACAAAGAUGAACAGGAUGUCAAUCUGUCCUCCAUGGAGGCAGGAAGCGGGGCGUCAUGUGACCUUCACAUGUCCUUGGGACGGGUCAAACGAGGUCAUCAAGAAUCUGCUGUUGGUGUUAGUAAAAGGCAAAAACAAGGGAAAGUCACCACACUGGAGGGUACCAUUGUCAAGCAGAAGCGUGAUGAUAAAGACAAUGAAGAGAUGAGUGGUAGUAAGGUUGUGUCUAACAACGCGAUGUCUAUGAUGUGUGACCUCUGCUCGUCAACUUUUGCCAGCAAGAUUCUGUUAGAGAAUCACCAGUGUAGGGAAGUCGUCUACUUCUGCAAGAUUUGUUCCUUGGAAAGCAACAGACAGUGCCCGCCCAUCCUGAUGCCGCUCCCCGAAGCUGAACGACAUUUCUACCUGCACUUCCAUCCGUGGUUGGCGGGCGAAAAGAUUGAGUCAGCAGUUACGACGAAGGAUGUGACCCAGAUAUAUCCUAGUAAAUUUGGAACAAGCAAACUCACCAGGCCGAGUAGCCAGAUAUCGUUCAACUUCCAGUGUCGUCUUCCUGAAGAGCUACAAGGGAAAACGUUGUUAAUAAACCGCAAGGAGGUGGAUCUACUGAAGGGUAUUUACAUUGGGACUUUUCUCUCCAAAGGAGACAGUCAGUUUCAGUGUGGUUUAUGUGAUGCAAACUUCAGUUGUAUGGGUGGUAGAGCGGGACACGUUUCCAACGUUCACUUGGAAAAGAAGAACCGAAACUGUGGCGGGACAGAGUGCGAGAAGAUAUCACACUCGACGUUCCAUCAUGCCAAGCUUCUGCAUCACAUGUUUGCGGCACACUGUGACUUAGUGAUGGCACCGUCGCCGUAUCUGGAGUGUAAAUUCUGUGCGAUGCAGUUUCGUGACAGAAGGGAUUUGGAGUGGCACUUCUACCAUCACAUGCAACCACCCGUGAACCUGAGAUCAGUGAGAACAGACGCUGAGAAAUCUUUGCUGGGUCUACCGCCGAAGUCCAAAGAUGCUAGUGGUAGUAUGGCUCAGCUUAAAUGCACCAUGUGCAGUUAUGAAUCUGUAAUCAGUGCAAAGGUGAAACUGUACACAGCUGCUGAGGCACGCGACCACUUAGCCUGGCACUGGCUGACUCAACUUCCACCAGAAAUCCGGAAGAGUCCAAACGUUUUGAACUUUGAGACAGACUCAGACGCCAUCCAAUGCUUGUACAUGAUCCCGCUUGCUCCGAAAGCGAUGAUCACUUGCGAGUUUUGUGGUCAGACUUUUACUGCAAAUAGCACACACGCACAUAUGACUUACUGGCACAAAGAUAAUUACGUCACAAAACCGUACCACUGCAUGUAUCCAGAGUGCAAACAUCUACAGUUUAUAAGGAAACGGGACUUCUUCGGUCACAUGUUCUCGCAGCAUGUCAGCAUUAUCAAACGGGAGACAUUCGUGUUUUUGUGCCAGAUCUGCGGGAAGACGUUUCAGAACCGAAGUAAGGUGGAAUGGCAUUGCUAUGUGCACAGAGUUAGGCCGGCAGUAUCAUCCAGUAAGGGGAAUGCAAAAUGAACAGUUGAGAUUGUCUACCCUUGCUUAUGCUGGGGGUGCCACCGUACACAGCGUCAGAGGCUAGAGCUGUGUAUGAGUAUAAUCAAUAGGUAGAUGUCACAUAUUCGUGUCAGUAAACUAUAACAUAGCAUAGAAUAACACUUUUGCAAGGCCUGAGUCAAAGAGAAUCUAUGUAUAUACUGGCUGGAUAGAUACAGAUACAGAAGCUGGUGUAUUACGCCAAAGGGCAGUUAUGGUUCCGGGUCGGAGUUCAAAUCUGACGGGA